UUCUAGAUCAUGGAACUCUCUAAUUACAAGCUCUGCGUUCAUCAAUUCCCGUCUCACUCGAUCACUUUCACUGCCUUCCAACUCCAACAAUUUAAUUGUUAGGCACUGCGUUGAUAACUCGUAUGUAAAUUACUUCAAACUAAUUGACGAUAAAAAUGACUCAUUUGAUCAAAUUCAAAACAUUGAGCUCCCACGCAGGAGUCGCCGUAUCAAAUCUUUUGUGCUAAUUGGUUCCGUGAAUGGCUUGUUCAGUCUAUAUGAACAGCAUCGCUAUAUUCUUUGGAAUCCCUCUAUUAGAAAAUGUAUUACCCUUCCAAGGCCUUGCAUUACUUCCAAGACACAUGGCUCCAUUGGGUUUUGUCGCCAAGCAUUCGGGUUUGAUCCGCGAACUAAUGAUUAUAAGCUAGUGAGGAUUGCAUUUCCAAGUCGAAUUAAUAUGUCUGAAGAGGCCAAACCACCUCUAAUUGAGGUUUACUCUCUUAAUGAGGGGUGUUGGAGAGUUACUAGUACCUCUUUUCCUCCAGGUAUUACUUUUACUGAUUGGCGUCGACCAGCAACUUCUUUAAAUGGGGCAGUCCAUUUUGCUGUGGAAUAUGAGUACAAGCUCGGUGGCCCUUGUGGCCCAUUGGUUUUGUUAUUUGAUUUGCUUGAUGAGGUUUUUCAUGUGAUAUCAUUGCCAAAUGUUACAUUCAAAUGGACUAACAAUGCUCAUACCUCAGUAAUUGGGGGAUCGCUUUCUCUAUUACUUUAUUAUUAUGGUAGGCAUGCAGACAACAAGUGUUGUGCCAUUUGGGUGAUGAAAGAGUAUGGAGUUGUUGAUUCUUGGACUAAACAGUUCACUGUUAAUCUCAACGGAGGAGUAGAAAUUAUAAGGGUAUUAGGUCUCCAAAAGAAUGGUAAUAUAUUAGUGGAGGCAAUAUUAUCAGGACCAUGUCGUUGUGAGCUCUCUUCAUAUGACCCUAAGAGUGAACAAGUUAAGAAUUUGGGGAUUUGUGGGAGUUCAUACAAUUUUCAUGUUGAUAAUUAUAUGGAGAACCUUAGCUUACUCGACAAAUCAAAUGAGACAGUUUCCGAAAGGAGAGUGAGCAGGAAGAGUAAAUGCAGUUUAGAAGCAAAGAGAAUGGGACAUCAGCCUAUGUGAGGCCAAGUGGAAGGCGACUAGGUGAGAGUGGCAGGAUGGGACAACAUCAACUUCAAGAAAGGAAGAAGGAAAGCAAAAAGGUGUUCAGUUUAAGUCUGGAUGGGAUUUAGUAAUUGUUAUGUGUUUUGUGAUGUAUUCAGGGAACAAUCCAUAACACCAAAUUCUCUGUAUAUGAAAUUGACAACUGAACAAUGUUAAUAGGUCACAGCUUUUGUUUUUGAUCAGUAGGUACAUGUUCAUGGUGAAACUAAAUUCAGUUAGUUAAAUUUAUGUUUUAAAAUUCAUGUUCAUGAUUAUGCCCAA